AUGUUACGCUCUACAGAAGACGGAGACCGCUAUGAGCUGGCUAGCCCGACGGCUUUGCCGAAGGCCGGCGGAUUCCUAUGGAAUCAGAAGAUGAUGAUUCAGAUUACUUGUCGUGGAUAUGCGACAGCACAAUUCAUGCAGCCGGAGCCGUCCAAAUACGCGCAUGCGCCAAAUCUCGAGGCCAAGACCUUCAUGCAACCCGAACAAAAUUACUAUGCGCACCACCCGGGUCGCUUCGUCUACAUCAAGGAUGAAGAAACUGGUCAAUUGUUUUCAGCGCCCUACGAACCGGUGCGGGCACCGCUCGACCGAUUUGUAUUCUCUGUUGGAAAGAGCGACAUCUCCUGGACUGUCGAGCACCUCGGUAUCCGCGUUGAAAUGGCCUUGGUAAUUCCGACACACGAUGUGGUCGAGCUGUGGUCCGUCCAAGUGUCGAAUUUGAGUGGGCGGCCUCGGAAAAUCAGUGUUUACCCCUACUUCCCAUUCGGGUACAUGUCGUGGAUGAACCAGGAAGCAGAGUGGAGAUCAGAUCUCGGUGGUAUUGUGAGCAGCAGUGUCACACCAUACCAGAAGGCGGCAGAUUACUUCAAGAACAAAUUCUUGAAAGACAAGUCAUAUUUCCUAUGCGAAACACCGCCGGUAUCGUGGGAAGCAAUGCAACAGGCUUUCGAGGGCGAAGGUGGUCUCCAUGCUCCUUCUUCUCUAUUACAACCAGAGCUUAGUCGGAGCGAAGCCCGCUAUGAGACGCCUGUGGCCGCAGCGCAAUAUCGCGCGGAUCUGAAGGCCAACGAGCAACAUGAGUACCGCUUCCUCUUCGGUCCAGCCUACGACGAUGCUGAGAUUCGUGAGGUCCGAGAAAAGUACUUAAAUAAGGAAGGGUUCGCUCGGACGGCGCGCGAAUAUGCGGAGUACAUCGCUAAAGGAAAGGGCUGUCUAAAGAUCGAGACGCCAGAUAAGCAUGUAGACAACUUCGUCAACAAUUGGCUACCGAGGCAGUGCUAUUACCACGGCGAUGUCAAUCGGUUGACCACGGAUCCACAGACACGGAAUUACCUGCAGGACAAUAUGGGCAUGUCGUAUAUCAAACCUGAAGUAGCGCGCCGCGCCUUCAUAAUCGCAGUUUCGCAGCAAGAGAAAAAUGGUGCUAUGCCAGACGGCAUUUUACUGACGGAGGGCGCCGAACUCAAGUACAUCAACCAGAUCCCGCACACCGAUCACUGCAUUUGGCUUCCGGUUACACUUGAAGCGUACCUCUCAGAAACCGGUGAUUAUGACCUGCUAAAGGAGGAGGUAAAGGGAAUGCACGGCGACACAUUCACUGUAUUCGAGCGCUUCAGCAGAGCGAUGGAUUGGUUGCUUUCGGCGCGAGAUGAGCGCGGCCUGAGUUAUAUCGCACAAGGUGAUUGGUGCGAUCCGUUGAAUAUGGUUGGUUACAAAGGCAAGGGCGUGUCGGGGUGGCAAACGGUUGCCACUGCAUUUGCGCUGAAAUUGUGGGCGGAUGUUUGCGAACAUGAAGGCAAAGCAGAUCUCGCGGCACAUUACCGCGCGGGAGCUAAGGUAGUAAACGAUUCCGCCAAUGCGCACCUCUGGGAUGGGGACUGGUUCGCGAGGGGAAUUACUGACGACAGUGUGAUCUUCGGCAUUAAGAAAGAUGUCGAGGGCCGCAUCUGGCUGAACCCACAGACGUGGUCCAUACUAAGCGGAGCAGCCAGUCCCGAGCAGAUCGCGCGGAUAUUACCCCAGGUAGAUUCGCAAAUGAGCACUCCAUAUGGUACUGUUAUGUUCGCCCCUCCUUAUAAAGCUAUGCGAGAGGAUGUGGGACGUGUAACGCAGAAGUAUCCUGGCUCAGCUGAGAACGGGUCGGUGUACAACCACGCAGCUGUCUUCUAUGUCCACAGUUUGUAUUCGAUUGGGGAGACCGACCGGGCUUACGAUGUCUUGCGCAAGAUGAUUCCAGGACCUUCCGAGGAGGACUAUGUCCAGCGAGGUCAAUUGCCUGUGUACAUCCCUAAUUAUUACCGUGGUGCGUACCAAUUGUACCCACGCACUGCGGGACGAUCCAGUCAAUUGUUCAACACGGGAACGGUGUCGUGGGUAUAUCGGUCCUUCAUCGAGGGGUUAUGCGGCCUACGCGGCGAUGCGCAGGGCUUACAGAUCCAACCACAGCUGCCGUCUUCCUGGGAUGCGAUCAAGGUCACGCGUUUGUUCCGCGGUGCUACAAUUUUGUUGGAUAUCCGUCGUUCGGCAGAUGUGAAUGAGGUAGUGGUGAAAUACGAGGGUAAAAUUCUCCCGGGCGCGCGUUUCACGAAUAUCAAGCCGGGUGCGACAUAUGAGCUAUCGGUGUCUGUACCGAAAUAA